CAUUCAUACGGUGCGGUUUGGUGAAACAAUAUUAACAAAAGCGACUACAAGCGACUACAUAUUAUACAAUACAAAGUAAUACUCGUUGGAUUCUAGAACUUAGUGAAUUGAACGCGGUGGCGUAUACGCAACAUUUAGUAUUUAGAAUAUGCUAAAUAGAAUGUGCUUUCUAGCCAUGCAGACAAAGCGCUAAAGAAGUUUAUAAUAAUUAAGUAACAAAAUAAUAACAAUUUUCCAAUGCUAGUGCUCACCAGUAACGAUUUCAGUUAAAUUUUGUGCUAUUUUGUUCUAAAAAAAAUAAAUAAAUUCUCAAAAAAAUAUUUUUUGAAUUAAUAGCCGUGAAAAGUGCAUAGAAUGGACUAUUUCAUAGCAUUGCUAGUGUGCGUGUGAGUGUGCAGAACCAAAAAUACAAUUAAAUAUCGCUUAAAAGUGCAUAUAUAUCCUUAUAUAGUGAGCAGUUUUAACGUGGAAUUCCGUCUCAAAUUAUUUACAACAAAAAAAUAAAUAAACUAAGUUACAGUAUAUUAGCUUGUGUUAAGUAAUUCACCAAAAACAGAGUCAAAAUGAACAGCAACAUAACUUCGCGCUUCGAUAUGGCCGCUGAGAUUGCGUCCAUAGCAUUGGACGAAUUCAAAUCGCACCAUGUUGAUUGGAAUUAUACGGGACUGAUACAGCGCUAUUACCAUUUGGUCGAGCGAGACUUCGGCGAUCCCCGCGCCACACGUUUCCCCCUAAUGGAGCAUCCCCUUUACACAUUCGGUUUGGUUGGCAUAUACCUGUCUUGGGUCCUCUUGAUCGGACCAACAUUCAUGCGCGACAGAAAACCCUUCCAACUGCGGCGUACAUUAGUCAUCUACAAUGCCUUUCAGGUGGCGUUAAGCGCGUACAUGUUCUACGAGCAUCUGAUGGCUGGUUGGCUGAAUAACUACAAUUUGAAAUGUGAACCCGUGGAUUACUCAGAUGGGCCAAUGUCAAAACGGAUGCUGAAUCUCUGUUACGUCUACUACCUCUCGAAAUUGACUGAAUUUGCUGACACAUUCUUCUUUGUGCUGCGGAAAAAAUCGUCACAAAUAACAUGGUUGCAUGUGUACCAUCACUCGGUAACGCCAUUGGAAACCUGGGUGCUCGUAAAGUUUUUGGCUGGUGGCAAUGCAACAUUCCCCAAUCUGCUGAACAAUUUCGUGCACGUCUGCAUGUACUUCUACUAUAUGAUGUCUGCCAUGGGACCAGAAUACGCCAAGUUUCUGUGGUGGAAGAAGUAUAUGACUGAAUUGCAAAUUGCCCAAUUUGUGCUCUGCAUCGUGCACACCACCCGCGCUCUCAUCAGUUCCCAAUGCCAAUUCUCGAAAUUCAUCUCUUCGCUGCUGCUGUUGAACGCCUCCAUCUUCUUCUGUCUCUUCAUGAACUUCUACAUGGCCAGCUACAAGAAAUCGCAGAAUCAGAAAAUGACCAUUGCCGCCAAAAUGAACGGUGCGCCGCCUGCGCAGAAUGGUUGCGCAACGAAAAAGAUUAUGGAAAUGAACAACAACACUAUGGACACGAUGGAUGCUAUUGGCUUGUUGACGCUGAAGGAAAAACUGAAUUAAGUAUGUGAAAACCAAGUGGAGCCAGACUUUCCAUGAACCGCUUAUUGGCCAUAAGUAGCAGACAAAUUAUGUGUUUUGACAAUUUUUUUUUAAAAAGGGGAAAUGAUAAUCGCAAGUACGUAAGAUUGACAAGGAAUAAGUUUGGAAAGGCUUUGGUUGCUUUAACGAAUUAGUUUUAUUUUUUUAUUAUUUUUUUUAUUUAAAAUUUGAAAAAAUGAAGUUCUUACUUGCAGUUAAAAAAAGUUUUCCUCACCAACUACACUGAAAAAAAUUAAAAAGACAACUUAUAAAAGAAUUAAUAGGGAAGCUAAAUUGUUUGUAAAAUCUCGAUGUUCAAUUUUGAAACUAAAAAAAAUUAAUUAUACAAAACUUUGUUAAAUAAAGCUGUCAAUAAUAGAAGAAAAUAUUUCCAAAAACACAGAAAGAAGAACAACUAAGUCCAAUACACUUUUAGUAGCGAGCGCAGAAGUUAAUUAGUUCAUCUGAUAAUUUCAAAAAUAGUAUAUAUUUUUUUCUUGCCUGAAAAAUUAUUAGAGCUUAAAGAAAAGGACUAAUAUUAGACUUCCUUUCUUUGUGAGCAUAGAUUAUUGCCGUCAUUAAAGAACCACGAACUUUAUUAGAAAGCAUCAACUUUUACUGUCAUUGAGCUAGUAUCUCAUUUAGACAGUAUAACUAUAAGCAGACCUCUUUGAUUGAGCACAACAUAGAAAGUGGCGAAUCGAACAAACAACUGGCCUAAAUAUAAUAGAGUAGAACAGAAACUAUUUACAUCAAUACUAUUAACCGUGCCUCUACUUCUAUUGAAUUAAAUUAAUAGCUAUAUUUAAUUUUUUUUAACAAAAGUGCAACGUUCAGGUGAUACAAAGUGUCGAAUUGAAGUCCUUUAGUCGAGAAAAUGGUUAAACAUUAUGCUAUGUUCACAUUAAUGUUCAGAACUCAUUCUAAAUUGCUACAAAAUAGUUUUGAAAGCAAUGUAAAGUGUUUCAAAUUCAAAAAAAAAAAUAAUUUACGAAAUUAAGAUAAAAGGAAAUAUGUUCAAGUUUUGAUAUUGCUGAAUAACUGGACGUGUCUACCUAUUAGAGGUUCACGCUGCGCAACCAAGCUAGAAAUUUAUUGACUGGACAUUUAAAAAAUUGCAAUUUUCUUUGUAGCACGUAAAAAAAAAAUUUGAGCUUUACAUGCUCUUCAAAAUAUAAAAGAAAAAAACAAAAAAAAAACUCAAUAAAGAAGCGAUAAAAAUCCAUUAAAAGUGAUUUUGAGUGAGUCCCUAAUUGAAAAAAUAAUCCGGGAAAUCACUAGCUUUCCUAAAGAGUGCUGAGUAAUUGUUAUUGCAACUAGACCACAUAACUGACAGUUAAAAGCACGUGAAAGCUCAUAUGAAUGCCAGCCGAGUACAGCACGUUUCGUAUUGUAUCGGCUUACGUUUGCGAGAUCCCGUAAGGGUAACGAGAAACUUCUAUAGGCGGCGUGAGAAUGGGUACUUGAACGUCAAUGCCCCUUUUCUGUUCCAAUUAUUUCAAAUUCAUAAAUUAAAUUUAUUUUCUUCAAAAGCAAUAAAUUGGGCUUUUAAAAUAAGAAAUCUUCUUGAAGAAAAGACAAAGCUAUCAAAUUUCAUAAUCUGAAAAUAUUAAUGUGAACGUAACAUAAGCGAAAAGCACAAAUUUGAAUUAUUUUUCAUGGCAACGCUUUAUUGAAUGGAAGUAGAUCUGAACUUUACGUGUAAAAAGACUUAAUUUGGGCGAUUCUAGCAACGUUCGCGACUAAUUGAUUUUCGAAAAUAAACAGAAUUCUAAAUUAGCAAGCCUUUUCUGGUAUAAAUAUUUUCGAAACCGCAGUAGCAGCAGAAAUUAAUUAAUUAAGAAAUUAAAGACAACAA